AGAGGUUGAAAAGGCAGAAAGGGUACGGUUGUAAUGACGUAUGUACAAGUCGCUAGUUCAUACUGUAUUCUGAAGAGAAAGGCCUUUACCUGACUCUACCUGAGGAAGAGGAUGCUCCAGCAGGGACCUACAGCAGCUCUGGAGGACGAGCUCAGCUGUCCCAUCUGCUUUGAAUUCUUCCAGGACCCAGUGAGUCUGAAAUGCCCAACACAGCUUCUGCCGCGGCUGCCUGGGAGCACCAGCAUGGAUACAACAAAAGCUGCGCGAAUGCCCCGUCUGCGGGCGAAGGCAUUCCGUGGACGAUUUACAUCCCUCCAUGUCCAACAUGAAACUAAGGAACAUAGUGGAGGCCUACCUGCAGAGAGAGGAGAAGGAGGGGAAUGAGGGGAGAGCAGUGUGUCUUGUGCUGGGUUCCAUACAUAACAAGAAGCUCAGGUUUUUCUGUAAGGAGUGUGAGGAACUUGUUUGUGCUGUGUGUGUGGAGACCGAGCUGCAUGCCAAGCAUACACACCUGUCAGUGAAGGAGGAAGCGCAAUGGCGUAAGAGGGAACUCACGGCACUGCUCUACAACCUUCCUGAGAAACUGGAACUGGACAUAAAGCAAGCGAGAGCAUCAAGAGAGCGUGCAGCACAAUACAUCAAGGUAUGUCGCUAGCUAAAUAACACAAAGAUAUUUACACAGAUACAUGUCUAUCUUAUUGUACUGUUCCAGACCCAGGCCCAGACCACAGCAGGACAGAUCAAGAAUGAGUUUGCGAAGCUCCACCAGUUCCUGAGAGCGGAGGAGGAGGAGGCCAGACAGGCAGCUCUGAAACAGGAGGAGAGCAAGAAGACAGGGUUACUGACUGAGAGGAUCAACCGCCUCACCAGCGACGUGACUUCCCUCUCUGAGAGAAUCUCAGACGUACAGUACAGGAUGUUAAACAGAUGAUGUCUCAUUCUUGCAGGUUCAUCUCACAUAUUUUAACAACGUUCUAUAUUCAUGGUACAACUGUUAAAUGUACUGAGGCUUUCUCAAAUUAUUUUUUUAAUUUUUUACUGAGAUCCACGUGUUUUUUGUUUCAGAUAUACAAGGACUUGAAAGACACGUAUGCAACAUUACAAUGAUCAUCAUAAGUCAAAUAUUUGAUCAGUCUCCAACAUUAUUGACACAAAAUGUGUGAACUGUAUGUAAUUUCAGUACACUGCAGGAUCCAGAGCCUUUAUCAGGAACACUGAUAGAUGUGGCCCAACACCUGGGCAACCUGAGGUUCAAGGUCUGGGAGAAAAUGCAGAAAAUGGUGCAAUACAUCUUUAAGUGGAGCAAAUCAACACCAAAACACUGGACCAGUUUGCCAGCAUUCCAGACAGCGUCAUCAGUCCCUAGCCCAGCCACCCUACGGUAGGUACACCAGCUCAGAACAAGCACACAUCUCUCCAUCAUGGCUGCCACCUGGACCCUGGAGGAUGACAUGUCCUGCCCUGUGUGCUGCGAUGUUUUCACUGACCCUGUGGUGCUGGGCUGCAGCCACAGCUUCUGCAGGAGCUGCCUGGACAACUACUGGAACACUCAGGUCAUCAAAAAGUGCCCCGUCUGCCGCCUCCAUUCCCUAACCGACGCUCCACCCAGUAACCUGGCUCUGAGGAACAUCGUGGAGACCUUUGCGAGGGAGAGGAGCCACAAUACCACCAAGCAGGAGGAGACGAGAAAGGGGGAGAAGGAGAGCCAGGGAAGGAGGGAGUCAGGAGGGAGGAGUGGGUUGGUACGGGAUGGGGAUGAAAGGUGCAGUCUCCAUGGGAAGAGGUUGUUGUUGUUCUGUGUGGAGGACCAGGAGGCUCUGUGUGCGGUGUGUCAGACCUCCAGGAGACACAGGAGCCAUCAGCUCUGCCCUGUGGAUGAGGCUGCUCAGGAACUCAAGGAGGAAGUGAAAGCAUCUAUCAUCCCCCUGAGGAGGAAGUUGGAGACAUUCCAAAAGUUGAAGGAGGAUUGCAUGAAAACAGCAGAACACAUCAAGAGCCAGGUCAAGCAAACAGAAAGAAAGAUAAGAGAUGAGUUUGUGGAGCUGCAUCACUUUCUGCGUCUGGAGGAAGUUGUCCGGCUGUCUGCCCUCUCUGAGGAGGUGGAGAUGAAGACAGUUAUAAUGACAGAGAAGAUUGAACACCUGGCCAAGAAGAUGACCUCCCUGACCAGCAACAUCAGAGAGAUAGAACAGAAUAUAGAGGCAAACGACCUUCAAUUUCUCCAGGCUUACAAGAACAACAAAGCAAGGGCCAACUGUACAUUGCAGGAUCCAGAGCCUGUAUCGGGGGCAUUGAUCGAUGUGGCCCAACACCUGGGCAACCUAAGGUUCAAGAUCUGGGAGAAGAUGCAGGAGAAGGUGCAAUACACCCCAGUGACUCUGGACCCUAACACCGCGGCCCCCUGGCUCUCUCUCUCAGACGACCUGACCAGUGUGUGCGUCAGUGGAGAGAAGUCUCACAUCCCCAACAACCCAGAGCGCUGUGACACGUGUGUUUGCGUGCUGGGGGCCGACCCCUUCAGUUCCGGCAGUCACUGUUGGGAGGUGGAGGUGGCGGGUAAGACCAGAUGGGACCUGGGGGUCCUGAGAGAGAGUGUGCGUAGGAAAGGGGUCCUGAGUGUGAACCCUGUCCACGGGUUCUGGGCCCUGUCCCUGAGGGACGGCGGCCAGUACAGCGCCUGCACCAUGCCCUGGACCCGUCUCACUCUGAAGAGGAGGCCCAGGAGGGUCAGAGUGUGUCUGGACUAUGACGCGGGAGAGGUGACUUUCUAUGACCCCACUGACAUGUCACUCAUCUAUACAUUCAGGGACAAGUUUAAAGAGCCAUUGCUGCCCUACCUCUGUCCCUGUGUGAGUGACAGCGGCCGCAAUGCUGAGCCACUAAAGAUAUGCCCUGCCAAAGUGUCAUUGGUUCAUGAUGUUGGUGAUUGUCACGUCCUGACCCUUGUAAGAGGUCAUUUUCUAUAGUAGAAUGGUCAGGGCGUGACAGGGGGUGUUUUGGGUGGUUUUUCUAUGUUGUCUAUUUCUAUGUUUUAGUUCUAGUUUGUCUAUUUCUAUGUUGUGUUUGUUUGGGUUGAUCUCCAAUUGGAGGCAGCUGAUCCUCGUUACCUCUAAUUGGAGGUCAUAUUUAUGUUGAUGUUUGUCCCUCCUGUUUUUGUGGGUGAUUAUCUUUUGAGUAGUGUGCUUUCCUCUCUGCGUCACGGUUUGUUGUUUUUUGGGUUUCAAGUAUUUAGUGUAUUGCAUUUAGUUUCACGGAAUAAAUAAAUGUGUGGAACUACGAACACGCUGCAUUUUGGUCCAAUCCUUUGAACAGCCGUGACAGUGAUAAAGUUUUGUAGAUUACAAUAUGUAUUUUUUAGAGGAGACAUUGCUAAUGCAUCCAUAUGUCUCACUAUCUAUUAUUAACACAAUGGAUGUAUAUUUUCUGUAUAUAUAUGGAUGUAUAUGUGAAUGGAACAAUUCUUAUCCUAUAUCAUAAGUCAUAUUUGUGUCAUAUGUGUCAAAUGGCAAGAUAAAUUAAACAAAAAAGGUGAUCAUUACUCAACAUUAGUGUUAAUAUUCUGUAAGACUUGUUCUAAAUGCUUAUGAAUGAUCAUGCUUAUAAAUGCGUAUAAAUACAACAAUUAAAAACUUUUAUGUUUAUGAA